AUGCCUCAUACUCUUGGACUCAUCUGCAUGAUUUGCUGGUGUAUGAUCCCAUUUCAUCCUUUGCAUGCUGACAUCCAAUGUACAGGGUCAGAGGCACAAGAGUCACCUAUUACAAACGUGAAAAUGAAUUGGAGAGAAAUGGAACUGUCCUGGGAGAGCAGCAAGAAUUUCUCUAACUACAGAUGUACCAUCAUGGACAGUGACAGGGAAAGUCUAGAGAAAGAGGUGAACAGUCCAUUAUGCAAGUUUCCAGUGGAACAAUACAUCCCUUUGCACAAAGGGGUAUUCUUUACCAUUGAAGUGCCAAACACAAACAUCUCAGAAAACUGCACCUUUACUCCUGGAGGCAUGGAUGGGUCAGCCAUUGAAAACUUCUCCUGUGUGAUUUAUACCAUUUCCCUCAUGAACUGCACUUGGCAGGCAGGCAAGGAUGCUCCAGGAGACACACAAUAUUUUCUCUACUGGCAGAACUCAAGAUAUGACAAGGCAAUGGAAUGUGAGCUUUACAUUAAAGAUGAAAAUGGCAGAAACACGGGAUGUAGGUUCCAAAAUGUGACAAUAAUGACUGAAAAAGCUUACUUCCUGGUGAAUGGAUCGAGCAAAGUCUCUCUGAUCCAGUUCUAUGAUGAAUACAUUGACCUGUAUAAAAUUGAAAUACUAACUCCUCCAUUAAAUGUCACUGCCGACUGUACUAGAGAUUCAGCGAGUUGCACAAUUACAUGGCAACCACCCCUUACAAAUCAUGUGAAAAACAUGAACUGUUUUCAGUAUGAAAUUAGCAUAAAAAAUAAGGAUGAGUCCAAGGAAGUGAAAAAGUAUCUUCCAAUAACAGUAAGAGACACCAGAUACGUAUUUGAAACCUACGAUGAGAAAAAAACUUAUAUUCUGAAAAUCCGAGCAAGUGGAAAAAACUGCCUUGUAAGCUCAAAGUGGGGGGAAUGGAGUGAGCCCAUCGAGUUUGGUCAAGGGAAAGAUUACUUUAUUUUUGCAAUUUUAUUUCUGAUAGCCCUUGGAACAAUCACAGUGACAUUGCUUCCAUACUGUCUUUUCAAAAGGUAUUGCAGUUCCAAAGGCAUGCUCUCUCCUGUGCCACAACCAAGAGACAAAUUUAAUGAAUUAACUGAAGAAGAUAACCAGACAGAACACAUGAGUCUAUCCAAAAAUAUUACUAAUGAGGAAAUAACCAUUGUUGAAGAGAUGACCUAAUGUUCCAUAAAAGAAAAAAGCACUUGGGAUUCCCCACAAUGAAAGAAAAAUCAUGGAUCCUCUUGACAAGGAGUACUUAAAAUCAGAAUAGAAAGGAAUGCAAUCACCUGUAAAACUAUUCAUCCCAUAAAAACCCACCUAAAAUGGAGCACGGGGAAGAUGUGGAGGAAAAUCAGUAAAGCUUGCUCCUUUCUCUUUGUUCAUAAAUACAAUGACCAGAAGCAAACAUGUACUGUGCAGACUUGCUUAAACCUUCCUGAGACGAUCUUCACAAUGUGAGAGAAAGCCUCCCCUUCACAACACAGGAGCAGCAUUUCCAAUCUUCAUUGCUAUGAUGCAUCUUUCCUCUGAAGAUAAUUUCCUGUAAGACAGGACUGCUUAAAGAAUACCACAGUAGUUGUUUUCCCAGUUUAUUAUUUCCCAGAGUAUUUUCUGAUGCAGAAACUAGCCACUUAAAGUGUAUUUAAAAUUACCCUUCAACUUUGCAAGCAGCAAUACCAAACUGUCACAAGUUAUGCAAAAUGAGAAAUGACACUCACCAGAAAUACCUAUUAAUGCUGGGCUGCCCAUCAUCCAUUUUGUCAGUUCAGUACUUCCAAUACAAAUGUGAACCUCUGCAAUAUUAACAUGAACUUAACUCACAUAGGUAACAGAAAAAUAAUCAAGUGUAACAGUUUUGAGAAUUGGGAUAGAAUCUGUAGUAGGAUUCAAUAACUAUAUUUCAACUGCCAAGACUUCCUCACAGCAACACAUUUAUGCCCUUGGAAGCAUGCAGAAGUCCCAUUUCUAAUGCAUGGUGAAAGUAACAUAGGCUUUAGAUGCCAGCAUUUAUUAACGCAAAUUCCAGAUCUUUUCCCAUUAAAGACACUUUUCAAA